AUGCCGUCUUUUAGCCCCUCAAUCCUCCUUGCACUUCUCUUGCCAUUUUCACAAACUGUAAUGGCAAGAUUCACCCCAAAGGACCUCUUGAGCGCGCCACGCCGCGGUGAAGCCGUACCAAACAAGGCCGGUACGCUUGCCAUCUUCCAUUCGUCGACGUACUCUUUCGAUUCCCACAGCAAGACCUCGACAUGGAGCUUGCUCAACCUAGACACCGGCGCGACCUCGGUGCUGUUCAAUGACACUGCGGUCCAAGAGGUGGCCUGGCUUAACGACGAUAGCAUCCUGUACAUCAAUGAGACGAACCCAGACGUAAAGGGCGGGUCGCAGCUCUGGCUGUCGAAUUGCCACAACCCGGAUACAAAGAAGCUGUUCGCAUCUCUCAACGCCCCCGUAUCAAACCUCAAGCCUGUCGUUCGGGGUGAGUACCUGAACUUUGUGGUCUCGGCGCUCUCAACCCCCUCUACCGGUGAGGCAUAUAACGCGGAAACAGCUCCGAAGAAGUAUACCUCAGGGCUGUCCUACGAGUCGUUGUUUGUCCGUCACUGGGACUCUUAUAUCAAGCCCCAAAGGUCUUCCCUCUUCACCGGCCCCGAAUCGAACAGUGAUGCUGUGCACAAACAAUUGAUGAACCUUCUUGGAUCUGGCUCAAAGCUCGAGACGCCUGUAGCUCCCUUCGGCGGUGCAGAGGACUUCACCAUCUCCCCCGACGGCGACACAGUAGCGUUCCUGUCAAAGUCGCCCGAUCUGAACCCAGCCAACAACACCCAAACACUCGUCUACACCAAAGAUACCGACGGCAACCUCAUUGCCCAAGGCGCCUCUUCCUCCCCUGUCUACUCGCCUGACGGGAAGUACAUCGCAUACCUGCAGAUGUAUCAGAACGGCUACGAGAGCGACCAAAACAAGAUCUUCCUCUACGAGAUCUCCUCCUCCAAGACCACGCUGUUGCUGAAGGACUGGGAUAACUCUCCAUCGAAGCUUGUGUGGGCUCCGGACAGCGCCGCGCUGUAUAUCGUAGCUGAAAAUAACGGGCGUGGAAAGCUCUUCAAGACUGGUAUUGUGGGUGCGAACUCCGGGGAUGUAGAAGAGCUCAUCAGCGAGAACUCGGUCAAUGGAGUGCACAUCCUCCCCACUGGGAAGCUGCUCAUCUCGAAGAACUCGCUCACGUCGUCCACUGGAUACUUUACCCUCGACCCGUCCUCGAAAACUGUUACUCCCCUUCUUUCACCUGUAAAAGUCGACAAAGAGCUAUCGUCACUCGAGAAGGUUACUGUAGAGGACUUCUCCUUCAAAGGGGCUGACGAUGUAGAGGUCCAUGGCCUCAUUACAAAGCCUAGCAACUUUGACGCCAAGAAGAAGUGGAAGAUGGCCUUCUUCAUCCAUGGUGGUCCACAGGGCGCCUGGACGGAUUCAUGGAGCACCAGGUGGAACCCGGCUGUGUUUGCUGAGCACGGAUAUGUAGUUGUAGCUGUGAAUCCCACCGGAAGCACUGGGUACGGACAAAAGUUUGUCGAUGGCAUCCAAGGACAAUGGGGUGGCAGACCAUAUAUCGAUUUGGAGAAGGCCUUUGAGUAUCUUGAGAAGUCUGACAAAUAUAGCUACAUUGACUUUGACAACUCGGUAGCUUUGGGCGCUAGUUAUGGUGGAUACAUGAUCAACUACAUCCAAGGAAAGCCCCUCGGAAGGAAAUUCAAAGCCCUCGUCUGCCACGACGGCGUGUUCUCAACACUCAACCAGUACUCCUCCGAAGAGCUCUACUUCCCCCAACACGACUUUGAGGGCAAAAUCUGGGAGAACCGCGCCGGGUACAGCAAAUGGGACCCAGCCGCGCUGGUCACGAACUGGGCCACACCGCAGCUCGUGAUCCACAACGAGCUCGACUACAGGCUCCCUGUGAGCGAGGGGUUGGCGGUGUUUAAUAUUCUGCAGGAGCUAGGGGUGCCGAGUAAGUUUUUGACGUUCCCGGAUGAGAACCAUUGGGUUUUGAAGCCGGAGAAUAGUCUGUUUUGGCAUGAGACGGUGUUGGAGUGGAUUGAUAGGUGGACCACGGCGGAGAAGAAGGGGGAGAAGGUGGUGAGGGUGCGGGGGGAGUUGUGA